CAAGUCGAUUUUGUUGGUUCUAGUUCUGUGUGUUGAGCCUAGCAAAGGGAACAUGGUGAUAGUGAUAUGAAACAAGUCUAUUAGCAAUACCACGCUCUACACAUAUAUACUUUUUCCGAAGUAACGAUGAUAUUUGGUCACGAUCUCCCUACGUAAAACUUAAGAAAGUGUUAUACAAAUGAUCAGCUAAAAGAUGCUGGUCAAAUAAUACUUAAGGAAACGAAUUAAUCAAGCUGACGCAGCAAGAAUUUACUAAAUAGUAUGGGGGCAUUGUUGGAUACUCCAAAAACAGAUAAAUACAAUGAACAUGGCUCUGGCAACGGACUGUGCUACGGUGUUGCCAGCAUGCAAGGUUGGAGAAUGGAAAUGGAAGAUGCUCACAGAGCGAUAACCGGCUUAAAAGGUGGUCUCUCGGAUUGGAGUUAUUUUGCAGUAUUCGAUGGCCAUGCUGGUGCAUUAGUAUCUGAGCAUAGUGCAGAACACUUACUAGAGUGUAUAAUGCAAACAGAAGAAUUUAAAGCAGAUGAUGUUAUCACAGGGAUUCAUUCUGGUUUCCUUCGACUAGACGAUGAAAUGAGAGGCUUGCCAGAAAUGUGCUCUGGCACAGAAAAAUCUGGUUCUACAGCUGUUUGUGCAUUUGUAUCUCCCAGAAAUAUAUAUAUUGCCAAUUGUGGUGAUUCUCGAGCUGUACUUUGUCGAGCGGGAGGUCCAGUUUUCUCAACACGAGAUCACAAACCUGUCUUACCAGCAGAGAGAGAAAGAAUUCAAAAUGCUGGUGGUAGUGUAAUGAUCCAGAGAGUUAACGGAGCUUUAGCUGUUUCUCGCGCACUGGGAGAUUACGAGUACAAAACAUUAAAAGAUCGAGGUCCCUGUGAACAGUUAGUGUCACCAGAACCAGAAAUAUUUAUGCGAGAUAGAGACGAUGAACACGAUGAAUUUCUAGUUUUAGCGUGUGAUGGUAUUUGGGAUGUAAUGAACAACGAAGAACUAUGUGAUUUUAUACAUUCAAGGCUGCUGCUUACAGAUGACUUAGAAGCAGUUACAAACCAGGUUAUAGACACCUGUCUUUAUAAGGGUAGCAGAGAUAACAUGAGUAUAGUUUUGGUAACAUUUCCUGCUGCUCCGAAGCCAAGUCCAGAAGCACAGAAAAAGGAAGUUGAGCUGGAAAUGGCCAUUGAAAGGAGAAUUAAAGAAAUAGUCGCUGAGCGAGAGGACGAAGAUGAAUUCGACUUUUUGAAGCUACUACAAAUUCUUGCGGACCAACAGUUUCCUAAUUUGCCUCCUGGUGGUGGUCUUCCGGCUAAGCAACCUUUCAUUGAACAAGUGUUUCGAGAAGUAUGUCCCAGCCGAGCGGAUAGUUUAUUAUAAGCAGAGGAUUUGGAGGUAUUCUACUGAGGACAAGUGCAGAUCUAUAUUAUAUUCUAUGAAAAACUAGAUGGUGUGAGAAAUUGAUUCAAAUUGUUUAUACAUUAUAAUAAAUUGUAUAUUGAAAAGUGUUAAAAAAAUAUUUAUUUUAAUAUAUCUUGAAAUGAUUAAAUUAUAUAUUCGCCCUUUCAUUUUUAUCAAACUUUCAAAAAGGAAGCAUAUAAAUAUAUUUUUCAAUGUGAUAAUUUACUAAUCAAAGAACUUCUGUUUUUUAUAAGUCACUUCACAGAUCUAGAUUUUCAUUAAAAUUAUACUUGGUAGAAUAUUAAUGUCAUAUCCUCUUGCAAUGUUGAUAAAAAAUGCAUAAUAUUACUAUAUAUGAUUAUAUAUUUUUGUAGCUCUAGAGAACUUGCGCUCAGAAUAAUUACUUCGUAGGUCAGUUUUUCGUGCUCUUCCUUUGUAAUAAGUUUGAAGAACAGUUGUGUAACUGUUUGUUCUAUAUUUUAAAAACCUUCAAGUUCUUUCAUACACAAGAAGAGUAGGAAAACUGAUCAUUUAGUUUUAGAAAUACGAAUACUGUGUAUAUAUAUAAAAGUUGUGUCGAGAAAACUGUGUAUCAAUAUUUUAUUUAAAUCGUUUUUAAAAUCAAGCAGUAGGAAUGUAAUAAGGAGGCCUUGAUUUUAGUUUCUUAAGGUAAAAUUGUAUUUUACAUUAAAUUAUUUGUAUUUCAAUUAUUGAAAUAAUUGAUUUUGAGGUAAACUUAUUUAAUUAAUAAAUGUCAUCGAGUUUGAAAUUAUGUAAUUAAAUGAUAAUAGUGUGUACCAUUUAAAAAAAAGCCGUUUAAACAAUGCUACAUAAAUUAUUGUAACGAAAAGCCAUUUAAAGUCGUCAAAACACAGUUUUCAAUAAUCAGCACAUACUAUAUGUAAUCAAGAACAAGUAAGUAUUGUAUAUGUUUGAUGAAAAUAUGGUAUUGGAAUAGCAUAUUAUUAAUUUCUGCAAAUAUAGACUUAGCCAGUUAAUGAAUCUACAUAUAUAUCAGGUAAUCAUAUAUUUAUCCUUUUAUUUUUUUCAUGUGACUGAUUUUGUACCCUUUCAAAAUUUCCUAUUUAUGUAACAUGGAAACUAUGUGUCAAGGCCAUCCUCGAAUAUAAAAAUCUAGCAUACGAAUACCAAAGUAUAUAUUACCGUUCCUGGUUACAAAAAAAUGUCCUGAAAUUAACAGAAGUUAACUAUCUAUUAUCGUUUAAAAGUAAUAUAUUAAAGUAAAUAUUAAAUCUCGUGCAUAGAGUUGUCUCCUCUAUUUUUACUAAUAACGGAUUAUGGAGUGUAUAAAAAAUGGUAAUAUAUUUUACCGGUAUCCUAAACCAUUUACUUUGCGAGUUUUGCUCAGAUAUAAAUUUUCUUGUAUACAAUUUUGCGUGACUUUAGUUUUCAUAAAUAUCAUAGUAAACCUAUGUCAUAAUACUGAAGUAUAUACAAUUUUCUUCACCUAGGAGAAAUAACUGAAAAUAAGAAUUGCAAUGUAGUUGUAUAAUAAUUACAUCAUCAUGCCUUGUCUAUUAACUAUUCAUGCUAUUAAAAUGUGUUUACGAUUAAAGUUUCAAAUCCACGUGCUACAGAUUUAUUAUAAAUGAGAUACCUGUGUACUUUCAAUUAAGGAGUAAACUAUUUUAUCUUCAUAUAUGCAAUUACAAGUUUACUACCAGUAUCUAAUUUACAUAUACAGUUGGGAAUAUUAGUAAUAACAGGAAUAUUAACGAUAAUAGUAGCAAUGGCCACGGUCAUGAUAAUAAAUCCAAAGUGCAUUUUUAAUAUGGGCUAAUAUUUUCCAGUCAUACAAUUUUUAUACUUAUAGUCCUGUUUUUUGUUAACUAUAGUAUGUAAUAAAUCCUUUGAAUUCCCGAUAUUUGUAAAACAGUUACGACACACUACAGUUGUUUUACUCACUGUCAAAAGAAAGAAAUUUAGUUUACAUUUUGUACUUAAAGUAAUUCAAGUAGUAAUGUUAUACAAAAUAGGACUAUGAGUUAAUGUCAAAUAUAUGCAUCUAUACAAUCGAAAAAGUAGUAGUUUCUUUAUUUUGUUUUGUACAUAGUUUUGUACAUAGUUUUGUGUAUGUUUGUUGAACUUAAUUUUACCCUCAAGGUAUUUCUUGGAAUGUGCCUACAUUACGAUUCCACAAUGACAUAGAGAUAUUUCUAAUAUUUGUUUAAGAAAUCAGUAUUUUAUAAACAUUAAACUGCGUGUAAAAUGAACAAAUGUAAACUUCUUUCAGUGUAUCUAUCUGACUUGUGUUAUUUUUCGGAUGACUUUAAAUUGUUUUUAGUACGCAUCUCUCUUUUUUUUUUUUUUUUUAUUUAUUAACGAUCUGAGUUAUACAGAGCUCUAAUUAGUUCGCAUCUAAUUCUUAAAUUUCUCGGAAUUCAAAGAAAAGAACGAUGUCUUAAUGUACUAAACUGAUUUCUUUAAUAUCAUGGCAAAAUCCUUUCAUAUCUCCUUUUCGUCCUUUAGAUCACAUAUCAAGAAUACUGUCCUAUCCUGCAGUCCAAGUUGAACUCUGCAACUGCUGAUCUCAAUAAUAACU